UAUUAGUCGAGAAUACUCAAAUGUCUGAGGAUAAACUCGUUGACUUUAAGCAAUUGGAAAAAUUAGGGGAGGGCUCAUUCGGAACUGUCUUCAAAGUCCAACAUAAGAAGACAGGGGGUAUAUAUGUCCUCAAAAAGAUCAGUACAAAGGGGAUGAGUAAAGAAGAUCUCCAAGAUGCUGAGCAAGAAUUCGAGAUACAUAAGACCAUCAAAAAUGAUUAUAUAGUCAAAUAUGAAAGUCAUUUUGAAGACAAAGGGUUCAUAUGCAUCCUCCUUGAAUAUAUGGACAACGGCGAUGUAGGUCAGUACCUCAAAAAGAAUUGAAAGGAUAAGUUAUUAGCAGAAAAUCAAAUUUGGAAGAUAUUCAUUCAGACCUGUCUUGGUGUCCAAUAUCUUCAUACACGGAAAAUCCUGCAUAGAGAUCUCAAGACUAUAAAUCUGUUCCUCAAUCAAGAUAUGACUUUGAAAAUCGGAGAUUUAGGUGUAGCGAAAGAGAUGAGUGAAACACAUACUGAUACCGUAGUUGGGACACCAUAUUACCUUUCACCUGAACUUUGUGAGGAAAGACCAUACAACAAUAAAAGUGAUAUAUGGUCUCUGGGUGUAAUUCUAUACGAGCUGUGCACAUGACGGCAUCCUUUUGAUGCAAGAACUCAAGGAGGUCUUUUCCUCAAAAUUAUAAAAGGAAACUAUGAACCUAUUCCUAAACUUUAUACCAAAGAGUUGGCAGAAAUCAUAGAUCAUUGUCUGCAGAAGAACUGUAAAGAUCGGCCAACAAUUCAGCAGAUUUUAGAAAACCAAAAAGUAGUUGAUGAAGCAGCUAAUCUGCAAAUAUACAUUCCUACUGAUGAAGAGAUUAAGCAACAAGUUGAAGAACAGCGGACUGACUUCCUAACGACAUACAAAUAAAAGUAAUGGCACCGGGCUUAAAAACACACUUACGAAGAAAACUCUCAGGAGCACCAGGAAGUUCAACCAUGUAAGCAAGGUCUGCAAAGGUAAAGGUAGCAAAAAUUCAUCCAAAAAUAAAAAGAGCACUAAAAGGAGAAAGAAAACCACUGAUUCAAUUGAUGACGUAACUACCGUUGCUGAUUCUAUCCUAAAGAUUCCAGGUAUUGGAAGCCCGUCUAAGGGUGUAUUGGGAAAUUUGAAGGCUAAGCCGAAGGAAACUAAGAAAGCAAAUUAUCUCAGACCAACUUAUUCACAAAUGCAGAAUACUAAAGCCAAAGUGAAUAAGGCAGGUAAAAGAAACUCAGAAAACACAAAGGGUACCAAUAUUACUCCUUCUGCUAAUAAAAGACCGACUAGUAGUAAAAACCCAGCUAGGAAUUAUAAUAAGCCAUGGAAUGAAAACAGAGCAGGAGCCUCUAAAAAUUCUCAAAAGUCUCCUCAUAACAGUAAAAAAGAGAUUGAAGACAGACAAUCUCAAAGGGAAAAGGCAGAAAAAUUGUUUGAGAAUAGAAAGCAAGCUUUCAGGCCAAUUAUUCAGAAGCCACAAGCUAAAGAACUUGAGGUUAAGAAAGAUUAUUCUCAAAAUAAUAAGGAAGAGUCCAAAGCUGUUGAGAAUGGUCAAGAAAUGCCCCAGGUAGAUCCAAGAGAUGAACAUAAUGUCCCAGAAGAAGAGCAGAAGGAGCAUGAGAAGGUAAGCAAGCAGGCGUCUUACGAACAAAAUCAAAUCGAUCUUUCUGUACCUUUGAGUCAAAUUGACGAAAACCAUUACCCAAAAAUUACCAAGGAGAAAGAAAGUGAGGAGUCAAAGAAGCCUCAGAAAGUGAACAAGACAUCUCUGCUAAUCAGUCAGGCUAAGCAAGGAAGGGGCGGGAAAUGCUCUAAAAAUUCUAAUUCUUCCAAAGACUUGCCUGAACAAGAGCAUGAUAAGCCCCAAAAUGACUUUGAUAAAACAGAGAAAAUACAUGAAGAGUUUGAUGUAGUUAAUACCUUCAAAGGAGAUCUAGAAGAAACAAAGGAUUAUCCUGAAGAUGACUCUGAUGACUCUUCAUUCGGACAAUUCGAUUCGGGAGAAGGAGAAUAUGAUAGCUACUACGAAGAAUAUGAUGACGAAGAAUAUAAUCCAUUCGAUGCAAAUGAUGUCCAUUUCGAUGAUGAAGAGAACUACAUCAUGUCUCCCUUUGGUAGUUCGGCGUUGGAUGAAAUAAAAGAGGAGCAAGAGAUAUCAAUGUCUUGUCAAGAAGAGGAUGCUAAAAAUACUGUAGGAGCAUCUCGAACAAAUUUGCCAUCAACAAUGGCUCAGAGCACGUUGGCUGAGCCUUCCCAGUCUGUAUCAUCAUUCCAGCACCCAAAACUCUCUGAAAAAUGGUCAGAGAUGGUAAAAAUGGUGCCUGACGAGUCCAAACUACUAAAAUGCUACGAAUAUUAUUCCAACAUAAUGAAGACAGAAAAGGACUUCUCUGACAAGGACAAAAUGAGAGAGGUACAUGUAUUCGCGAAACAGCUCGAAGUUCCUGCCUACAGGGACGUCAUCUUCGAAUGAUUUCAGCUGAAAUCCCUCGAAAAUAGCUUUAAAAAGUAACCUAAUACUAAAACCUAAGCAGUACAGUAGUCAAUUUUAUGUGAAU